UCAUGGCGGACCAAAACAAGAAAGCCACUCCACAGAAGUUGUACUGUGAAAUGUUAAGUCCAUCUGAGCUGUUUGCAGCUCGGGCCCGGAGUCACAAGAUCCCAGUCAAAGGACAGAAAGAUUUCUUCCCCAAUGACUCAGAUGAGCAAAGAGAGCGGCUUGAGCAGAGUUUAAAUGAACACUGGAGCCUAAUAUCAGAGGAGAGAGUGGAAAGGCUAGGAAGCCUCGUGAAGGCCUCAUGGAUUCCAAGUGAGCAGAUUGUGGAGCUUCAGUCUCCAGCUGGCAAGUUUUGGCAGACGAUGGGCUUUUCUGACAACGGCAAGCAGUGUCUCCUCCCUGAAGAGGCUCUCUACCUGAUGGAGUGUGGAAACCUCCAGGUGUUUUACCAGGACCUACCGCUGUCCAUCCAGGAUGGAUAUGAGAGGUUUCUGUCCUCCAACACAGUGAGCCUCCAACAAUAUCAGGUGUUUGGGCAUUUGAAGAGGCUUGGCUAUGUUGUGCACAGAUUCGAUCCCAGUUCAGAGUCGGCAUCCUAUGCGAGACAGCUCAACUUGCCUCAGUCACAUGACAGAGCGGGGAGACACCUGAAGAGGAAACGCAGUACCAGCCCCACCCCCACCCCCACCCCCACCCCGACAUCCAGCCAUGAAGGUGAGGAGGCGAAAAAGCUUCUUGAGCUGCACCUGACAGCUUCUCCAGGGGCUGCAGAGGCCCACACCGACGCCACAAGUUCACCCGAUCAAAGCGGGGUCAGGACCUGGUGGAUGACGGAUGUUGGCAGGAACCCAGGCCAUCAGACCGAUCACCACGCUGCCUCAGGUUCCACGCGCUGGGACUUCAGCUCCAUCCUUUUCCCUGACCUGGGCUCCAGUGAGCGCCUCUCCAGUUGCCUGGCCUCCCCAGACUCCUCUCUGCUGCCGGGGACUUUAGCCGUGGGAGACUGCGACAUUUCCCCCUGGAGGCGGAGAGUAAACCAACGAGAGGUAAAGAUGUCGUCGAAGGAGAGGGAAGAGGACAAGCAUCGGCGUCAGUGGGAUGUCAAUAGAGACAGAGAGGUUCGGCAGUGCAGAAACUGGGCAGAGUAUCGGGAUCUCUUGGCAAGGCGAGAGGGGAAACGUAAAGGUCAACCAGCACACUUAUGGAACAGGGAAGUCACUCCUUUACAUGACCCAACACAACCAAUCUCCACUGGGGAGCUGCUGGAGAAAAUCAGCGUGAUCAAAUCCACUCACUUGCUUGAGGGAGCCUCCAGAUUAAAAGGUUCAGAUGAGUGGAGGAUUUGUUUCAAUGUUUACCAGCCUGAUAUGGUGGCUGAUUUCAAGAAGAGCAACCCGGGGAAACCUUACUCCCGCAUGUGUGUUUGCAGUUUCGACGGUCCCGUGCCCGACCUGCAUGCUAUCAAGCUGCUGGCCUUCCAGAGUGGAGACGUCCCGGUGGUCUUUGCCGUGGUGGAUUACGGAGACAUCUCCUUUUAUACCUUCAAAGACUUCCAGCUGCCCACUGAUGCGUUUCCCUGAGACCUCACUGCUCCCAUAAAACCAUCGCUGUAUCCAGACCAUCUAUGAAUAAAUCUGCAUCUGUU